AUUUUAUCAGUCAACAUGGCAAUUAAGUCUUUGAUCCUGGUUACUGCCGUCCUGGGCAUGGCCUUUGCAGUCGACUACUGCGCCCUGCCCACCUGCCUGGACAAGCACAUCGCCUGCAACAACAAGGGGAAUUUCAGUGAAAACUGCCCCAAGGAUGUACGAGAAGUGGCGAUGGCUCCACACCAAAAACUGAUCCUGAGCCUGUUCAACGAAUUGAGAAACAAGGUUGCCGGAGGUGGAAUCGAAGGACUUCCUAAGGCCAUCCGCAUGGCUAAAAUGGCCUGGUGCGAGGAGUUGUCUCAUUUGGCUCUGCUUAAUGUGAAGACCUGUGAAUCCCUACCAGACAAGUGCCGCAGCACCGAGAGAUUCGCUUACGCUGGACAGAACAAUGCCAUCUUCAGCUACAGCGGGGCUGAGUCAGAGUACUCGGAUGCGGAAAUCCUCAAGGAGCAGAUUGAGAACUGGUUCGCCGAGCGCUCCAACGCUUCCCCCGACAUCCUGGCUAGUUUCCCCCAGGAGCUGCCCAACAAGAACGUGGCCAAGUUCACCAUUGCUGUGGCCGAAAAGAACACUCACGUAGGAUGCUCUGCUGUGCGCUUCUCCAAGGACUACUACAACCACUUUGUCCUCACCUGCAACUUCGCCACCUCGAACAUUGUGGGCCAGCCGGUGUACACUCCCGGAGAUAAGGCUACUUCCGGAUGCAAGAACCGUUAUGGAGCUGCCUUUGACUACCCUAGUCUGUGCUAUGCCAAGGAAAUCUAUGACAACGAGAAAAUCAUUCCAUCUGUCACCUUCUAGUUACUCAAUGAAACUUGAAGUGGAUUUAAAUGAGUAAUAUAAUACUUUGUAUUUAUUAAUAAAAUGCUGUUGAGGAAGUG